UUCCCUAAAUGUACUUAUAACUCGUAAAAUACAUAUAAUCUAGCUACUAUAUUUUAAAAUAUAAACUUAAAAAUUAUGAUAAAUUACAUUCGAUGUUAAUUUUAUUGAAUAAGUUCAAGACUUAAUUAAAAAGAUUGUUGUCAUUACUUCUUUAAUAUUUUAUAAUAUUUUAAACUUUCAUGAUUAAAAUUAAUUAAUUAAAGAUCGAUUUUUACUAAUAUCUUGAAUGAGGUAUUUACUAUUUUACACAAUAUUCGAAAUAAGAACUAUUUAUUCAACAUUUUUAAAAUAUAACUACAUUUCAAACAUUUACUUAACUUAAUUUAUAAAUAAAACAUUAUUUUAUUCACCAUUUUUAUUUAAUUUAAGUACGAGGAAUUUUUUUUUUUUUUUAAAAAGCAAUAAGUACAUAUUAAUUGCAAUUUGUAUACUAAAUAUCUGUAUUGACCAUAUUAAUUUUAAUCUUUGAAUUUUUUUAUCAUGAAUAAGUUGUAUAACAUUUAAAUAAAUACCUAAUAGUGUAAUCAUUGCAUUAUUAUAUUUAUUAAAUAAAUCAAAAUCAUGAAAUAUUCAAAUAUCCAUAGAACGAUAUAACAUAACUAAUUAACUAAGAAAAUAUACAUAAUCGUUCUUUUCACAUAAGUACCUAAUAUGUUCUAUAGUAGUCUUAAUUUUCAUUAUGUGUGACAUUCUAACAUUAUUAUUAUACUUAUAUGGUCAUAUGCGUUCUUAAAUUAGUACGCAUCUAAAUUUAUGGUCUAAAUAACUAUGAAAACUACUUAUAAUCUUAUUAUUUUACAACGUAGUUUUCCGGUUGUUGUACACUUAUAGUGUUAACAUUGUCUUAGAUGUAUUCAAACUAGACAGUCGGUUUUAAAAUGCUCGUCAUAUUAUACGUCGGAUUGGCAACUUACUUAUCUUGCAGUUAUGCGGAUGAAAUUUUCCCUGAAGCUUUGGUGUUUGAAGAAUUAGGCUUAUCCGACAUAAUCAAUAAUUCAAAAUCCGAUGAAAAUCGUAAUAAUACUAUAAUAAUUGCAGGAGAUUUAAAUGAUGCUUUAACAACCAUGAAUUUUCACAGAAAAAACAUAAAUGACUAUCUCUGUCGACAAUACGUAGUUGAAGAAAUUUUAAAAGAUAUUACAGACAGUGCCUCGUCUGAAAGUCGAUCGAUGUCCCAAGACAGUCGUGGAACGAGUAAAACGUCUAUAAUGCAAACCGAUCAAGGCUCAUCUGCUUAUAAUGCAUGGCUUAUCAAAACAAAAUUAUUAAAAAAAAUUUAUGAUGAAUACGAUUUAAACGUUAGAAUGCAUGAAAAACCCGUUGGAUUCACACUAACAAAUACAAAUAAUGAAAGCUUGGGAACACAUGACUAUGAAACCAUGAAGAACGUAGAUGACGAAAAAGAUUUGAAAAAACCUUAUCACUCAAAUGAAGAUUCAUUUUCUAGCCCCAGUGAUACAGUCAGUGUGGAUUUUACACAAAGUCAAUCUAUACAGUAUGACAUUGAUAAUGAUAAUGAGUAUAAAAAAUCAAAUCAACCGUACCAGGGUCUUCAUAAUUUCAACCCUACACAAUCUACCCAUCUACCUCCAUCAGCAUACGAACCUUCUUUCCCUCCAACAACAUCACAUGGACCACCAUUACUUCCAACUUACUAUGGACCCCCGCCAUUUUUAAAUGAAACACCUUCAUACCCAUCGGAUUAUGGAAUGCCACCGUUGUCGUCAUAUGGGCCACCGUCGACGCCACACGAAUCAUACUCUUCUCCGACAUCAUAUGGAUCAUCAGCACCAAUAAAUGGUCACUCUUUUUUACCUCCUUUAAAUAACCGUUCACCAUAUUAUCCACAUCCUGGAUUGAUUCCGCCAACUGAAAAUCCAGGUCCUGAUCUUACGACCCGAAAUAUCAAAACAAUAAAUCAAUUGGAAGAUGAAGACCAUACUCCUGAUAGAGAACCAAAACAAGGACUUACAGCAACGGAUAUGUACGAUCUAACUUUAACAGCUAUUGCGUUCUUGGGGUUCGGUACAUUUGUCAUGCAUCUAGUCAUGGACGCCAUGAUGGCACAAUCAGGAGCAACACUAACGAUAAACUCAUCACCAUUACACGGUGCCACAGUGUCUAGAGUUAAAAGACAUGACAACUCCGUGUAUGGGGAAAUAAACGAGUUGUCAUGGACCAUAGUAUCGACAAUUGACAAUAUGAUGGCAAACGUAGACGGGACCUUUGUGAAUUGCAAAGAAGUCAAAGCAUUGUGCAGAAGGUCAAAAAAACUAGUAAAAACCGGUACAAACUUCAGUUCAAAAUUAUUGCCCGUUUGGAAUGUUGCUUUAGGAUGGCUUUCAAAUAAAUUAGGCACAGAUAAAAGCCAGCCAGUGAUAUCUGCAUUAUUAGGUCAUUGUAUUUUACCUUCACAAUGUCAAAAAAAUGCAUAAUUUUAUUAUCUAUGUGAAUAAUACAAUUUAUAAACAAUUUA